AUGGGGCUCUCUCAGAUGGAGACGUCGGGAGGUUCAGAGAGUUCCGGCGGGGAAGACGCGGAGGCGAGGCGGUCACGACGCGGACACGUCCUCGCCGAGCUGAUGCAGACUGAGCGUGUCUACGUGCAGGAGCUCGGCUCGAUACUCAGCGGAUAUAAAGAAGAAAUCGAAAAGGCAGAGAACCAGCACUUAUUGCCCGCAGCUCUCAUCGGACAGGCGGACGUCUUAUUUGGAAACUUACACGAACUGUUCACUUUCCAUCAGGAUAUAUUCCUAAAGGAUCUAGAGAAAUCAAUAUCUGCCACUGAACUAGUUGCCUUGUGUUUUGUUGAUAAGAGGGAGACCUUCUUCCGUCUAUACAGCUUUUACUGCCAGAACAUUCCAAGAUCAGAACGGUUACGGGAAACACUGGUGGAUACACAUUUGUUUCUUCAAGCGUGCCAAUUACGCCUCGGACACAAGCUACCACUCGCAGCGUACCUACUGAAGCCCGUGCAAAGGAUCACAAAAUAUCAACUGUUGUUGAAGGACCUACUUCGAUAUAGUGAAUGCGGUUCGAUGACAACGAAACUGCAGCAAGCAUUGGACUGUAUGCUCGUAGUUCUCAAGUGCGUCAACGACUCAAUGCAUCAAAUCGCCAUUACUGGCGUCCCUGUUGAUCUAAGUCAGCAAGGCGAGCUGCUCAUGCAGGGCUCAUUUUUAGUAGUAUCAGAAAACAAACGAGAUCUGCGGUUACGAAUACGACCGCGCAGACGACACAUAUUCCUCUACGAAAAAGCCAUGCUGUUCUGUAAACCAGCAACUAAGAAUAGUCACAACAAAGCAACCUAUCACUUCAAACAUGAUUUACAAAUGUCCCAGAUCGGUCUGACGGAGUCGGUGAAGGGCGACCCGCGCAAGUUCGAGGUGUGGCGGCAGGGGCGCGCCGAGGUGCACACGCUGACGGCCGCCUCGCCCGACGUCAAGCGCGCCUGGGUCGAGCGCGUCAAGCGCGUGCUGCUCGACCAGCUCAACGAGCUCAAGGGCGAGCGCGGGCGCCAGUACAGCGCGCAGCACCGGACGUUAAUCCAGACGAGUUCAUGGGACUUGGUUCCACCCGCCGCACAACCUCAACGACCGAGUGCGACGGUGACCAAUCCCACUCGCACCGCAUCAUGUGACACACACGAUGAGCCCUGCUGGUCCACAGAUCCCUCGGACGACGAUGACGAGGAACCUGAACACCCGCCGGUGACGGAGGCCGUCGGUCUCAACGGUACCAUACACAGAAUGGCGGUGGGGUGCGCGCUGGCGGCGCUGUCGGACUACACGGCCGUGGGGCCCAGCGAGGUGUCGCUGCGCGAGGGGCAGCACGCCGAGCUGCUCAAGGUGGGCUGCGCCGGCUGGUGGUACGUGCGACUCGCCGCGGGUCAGGGCGAGGGCUGGGCACCGGCGGCGUACCUGGACCAGCGCAAGACGUCGCGCUCGUCGAGCCGCUCGCACGAUCGCCUGCACGACCACUGA